UGCAACCGAAGCAAUGACACACAUCCGAGUCUAGGAGACGAAGGGAACAUAAACAUGAGAACUGGAACACAGCCGUUUAUUCUGCUCUAAAUCUGCAUUUUCAGACUGGGCUCCGUAGAGCACUGGUAAUCCAGAUUUGGUAAUCUGGAAAAGUGUGUAUCUGGAUCAGGGUGAUCCAAUCCAUUUUUUCUUUGAAAAACCAGAUGGAUUACCUGAUCCUGGAUAGCAAAACAUGGGAUUUCCAAAUCCAGAUCAUUCUGAUCCAGAUUAAACUUUUUGAACAACUGACCCUGGAUGAUAACUUGAGAAUCUUUACUCGCUUCUGGUCUGUGCGCAUUCACAUGUUUUGGAGGAGGCAUGGCUUUGGAUGGCGAUUUGCAGGGAGGGUGGGAUUGUAUGCUUUCAUUUCAACAAAAAGUUAGCAUUUCCCAGACUACAAUUUAGAGUGAUUGUAAGUGUGAUGAUCAUCUGCUAAAUGAGCACCAGCGACCACAGUUCACACCUUCAGUCAGUGAAGCCGCUCCCACAGUCGUUCAUGAGAGUUUAGAUGUUGGGGAAUAUUCCCAUCUUCCCACAGGAGAAGAAGAAGCAAGCAGGAGGAAUUACUCCAAGGGAAACUACUGACAUACUAUUGUAAAGAUGGAGUUUAAGGAAGAACCCUGCAGAAUAAAAGAUGAAGACACAGAGGAACAAAUAGAUCUGUUGGAAGUGAAUGAAGACAAACAGCAAAAACCUCAUCAUUUCACAAAUGAAGAUGAAAAUGAAGUCAUUUCAAAUACUGAAAAGAAUUUCACCCAAAAACAAGCUGUAAAAACUGGAGUCAAAGGAUCUUUCACCUGCUCUGAGUGUGGAAAGAGUUACAGACAUAAAGUAAACCUUUACAUACACAGGAGAAUUCACACUGGAGAAAGACCAUUCUCCUGCACUCAGUGUGGAAAGAGAUUCACUCAGAAAGGAAGCUUAAAUGAGCACAUGAGAGUUCACACUGGAGAAAGACCGUUCACAUGCGCUCAGUGUGGAAAGAGUUUCACUCAGAAAGGAAGCUUGAAUGUGCAUAUGAGAAUUCACACUGGAGAAAAACUGUUCACAUGCACUCAGUGUGGAGAGAGUUUCACUUACAAAAGUGUUCUGGAAAAUCAUCUGCGUCGUCACUCUGGAGUGAGAUCAUUCAGCUGUGAUCAGUGUGAUAAAACGUUUGUUGUAGCAUCAAACUUAAGAACACACCUUAAGAUUCAUGCUUCUGUGAAGCCUUACUUUUGUUCUUUUUGUGGAAAGAGUUUUACACAACUGCACACUUCACAAGAGCAUGAGAGAAUUCAUACAGGUGUGAAACCUCAUAUGUGCUCUGACUGUGGGAAGAGUUUUAGUUCAUCCAGCAACUUAAAAAAACACCAGAGAAUUCAUACUGGAGAGAAACCGUACAAGUGCUCACACUGUGGAAAGAGUUUCACUUGGUCAGGAGACAUGAAAGAUCAUGAGAGAGUUCAUACUGGAGAGAAGCCGCACCAGUGCUCUUCAUGUGGGAAGAGUUUCACAAAUGUAUCUAAUCUACGGACUCAUAAGAUAAAGCAUUGCCUGAAGGUUGUCUAAGUGAGCAAACUUCAGACCUAGGAGUGGGCGAUAUACGGGCGGACAUGAUAAACUGCUAGAAAAUAAAACAAUAGGCUUGUGUAAGAAAAAGAAACUAAUAAACAUUACCAUUGUAUUCA